AUGUCAACUUUACCAAUGAAUUUCAUCCUUAUCGAUACCAACAAGGCAAUCUUUCAAGGUUGGAUUCAUCAUUAUAAAGAAUUAUCCGUCAUUAUUUCAAAAUAUGGUUUAACCAAUCAUUAUCCAUUUCAAUUAUCAUUUGAAAAUAUCACCAUUGAAUCAUUAAUAUCUAAUCCCAAUUAUCCUCAUAUAAAUAGAUCUCAACAUUCCGCUGCUGUAACCCCUACUAAUUCCUUAUCUUAUAUGGGUGGAGGAUAUGAUAAAUACUUAUUACAAGCAUUAUCAUUGCCGACUCCAACAAACAAUUCCUCCCUUGAUUACAAACCUUUGGAAUCAGUAAUUCAACAUCAUACUCUUAAGAAAUUCUCAGGUUACUUAUCAGUUGGAACGAUCCACAAUAUCCCCCUUUUGGAAACCCUCGAUUCAUCAUGGUAUAAGACCACCUACGCAUAUCGAUAUUGGAAUAUAACCAAUCUAAUUCAAAUCCCAUCAAUGAUGAUCCCGGAAUCAUUAAACCAUCAGAAUCAACAUUUACAAAAAUUAAUCGGAGUUUUCGAUUCAGUUUGGAAUUUACUCAUUCUGUUACAUUCAAACAAUUCUGAUUAUCGAGAUAUUAAAAAUAUCAUCAUUCCAGGCAUUGGAUCGGGAUAUGGAGAAUUAUCUGAAUUUGAAAUAAGUAAAAUCAUGAUCUUUGCUAUGGUAUUGUUUAAUUUGAAUUUAGGUACUGGUGAAAGAUUACUUCAUUUAAAGAAAUCUUGUAUGAUUUUAUUCUUUUUUAAUAAAAAUUAUCAAACUUUGGCAAAUAUUUAUGAUUUAAAUGAAUUAGAAACAGAUGUUAUAACGGAAUAUGGCAAAUCUGUGAUGUUGAAUAGGGUCAAGGAAAGCGAAAGUUUAAGUCAUGCUAACAUUAAGGAAAAGCUGCUUACUAUGGAGUUUGAUGAUUUGUUCAAGUGUAUAAACUUAAAAUAG